UUAUGUUGCCUGUCCUUGGUCCACUUGAAUCUCUUGAGAGAGCUGAAUCCUGUGUGUGCCUAGGCCCUGCCACAGGUACCUGGACGGCCUGCCUGUUUAGGCGAGGUCGUGCAUGUCCCUGGCCCCUUGUGGUCCCUGCUUUGGAUGGUGUGGGGCACAUCCAUCUGAACGCACAUCACUUCCAAGACCAAGGUUUUGGAACUUUGAUGUUACCUGUCCUUGGUCCACUUGAAUCUGUUGAGAGAGCUGAGUCCUGUGUGUGCCUAGGCCCUGCCACAGGUACCUGGACGGCCUGCCUGUUUAGGCGAGGUCGUGCAUGUCCCUGGCCCCUUGUGGUCCCUGCUUUGGAUGGUGGGGGGCACAUCCAUCUGAACGCACAUCACUUCCAAGACCAAGGUUUUGGAACUUUGAUGUUACCUGUCCUCGGUCCACUUGAAUCUGUUGAGAGAGCUGAGUCCUGUGUGUGCCUAGGCCCUGCCACAGGUACCUGGACGGCCGGCCUGUUUAGGCGAGGUCGUGCAUGUCCCUGGCCCCUUGUGGUCCCUGCUGUGGAUGGUGUGGGGCACAUCCAUCUGAAUGCACAUCACUUCCAAGACCAAGGUUUUGGAAGGCAGAGGGAGAACACCUGUCGUCCUUGACCCUUGGCAUUCUUGGUGCACUGCUGCCAUCACGCGGAUUCAGUUUGCCGAUUCUGCCACCAAGUCCCUGUG